AUGGGCUGCGACGGCCGCGUGUCGGGGCUGCUCCGCCGCAACCUGCAGCCCACGCUCACCUACUGGAGCGUCUUCUUCAGCUUCGGCCUGUGCAUCGCCUUCCUGGGGCCCACGCUGCUGGACCUGCGCUGCCAGACGCACAGCUCGCUGCCCCAGAUCUCCUGGGUCUUCUUCUCGCAGCAGCUCUGCCUCCUGCUGGGCAGCGCCCUGGGGGGCGUCUUCAAGAGGACCCUGGCCCAGUCGCUAUGGGCUCUCUUCACCUCUUCUCUGGCCAUCUCCCUGGUGUUUGCCGUCAUCCCCCUCUGCCACGACGUGAAGGUGCUGGCCUUGGUCAUGGCACUGGCGGGCCUGGCCAUGGGCUGCAUCGACACCGUGGCCAACAUGCAGCUGGUGAGGAUGUACCAGAAGGACUCGGCGGUCUUCCUCCAGGUGCUCCAUUUCUUUGUGGGCUUUGGUGCUCUGCUGAGCCCCCUUAUCGCUGACCCCUUCCUGUCUGAGGCCAGCUGCUUGCCCACCAAUAGCACAGCCAAUGCCACUUCCAGAAGCCACCUGUUCCACGCCUCGAGGGUCGUGGGCCAGUACCACACUGAGACCCAGCUUUGGUCCAAUCAGACGCUCUCUGGGCUACCCUCCAAGGAUGGGACAGGAACCCGUGUGUCCUAUGCCUUCUGGAUCAUGGCCCUCAUCAAUCUUCCAGUGCCCAUGGCUGUGCUGUUUCUGCUGUCCAAGGAGCGGCUGCUGACCUGCUGUCCCCAGAGGAGGCCCCUGCUCCUAUCUGCAGAUGAGCUCGCCCUGGAGACACAGCCUCCUGAGAAAGAAGAAGCCUCCUCACUGCCUCCAAAGUUUCAGCCACAGCCAGGGCAUGAGGACCUGUUCAGCUGCUGCCAAAGGAAGAACUUCAGAGGAGCCCCUUCCACCUUCUUUGCCAUCCACAUCACAGCAGCCCUGGUCCUGUUCAUGACGGACGGGAUGACGGGCGAGUAUUCUGCCUUUGUGUACAGCUAUGCAGUGGAGAAGCCGCUGUCUGUUGGACACAAGGUGGCGGGUUACCUCCCUAGCCUCUUCUGGGGCUUCGUCACCCUGGGCCGGCUCAUCUCCAUCCCCAUCUCCUCGAGAGUGAAGCCGGCCACCAUGGUCUUCAUCAACGUGGUCGGCGUGGUGGUGACAUUCCUGGUGCUGCUUAUUUUCUCCUACAACGUCGUCUUCCUGUUUGUGGGGACAGCAAGUCUGGGCCUGUUUCUCAGUAGCACCUUCCCCAGCAUGCUAGCCUACACGGAGGACAUUCUCCAGUACAAAGGCUGUGCGACCACAGUGCUGGUGACAGGGGCAGGAAUUGGUGAGAUGGUCCUGCAGAUGCUGGUUGGUUCGAUAUUCCAGGCUCAGGGAGGCUAUAGUUUCCUGGUCUGUGGCGUGAUCUUUGGUUGCUUGGCUUUUACCUUCUAUAUCUUGCUCCUGUUUUUCCACAGGAUGCACCCUGGACUCUCAUCGGCUCCUACCCAAGACAAACCACUUGGAAUGGAAAACCCUGAGUGCUACCAGAGGUAA